UCCAGAGCAAUCACUGGUGCUCGCGUCGAUUCGAGAUUGUACGACAGCAUUCCCGUCGCGCGUGCAAUCUGUUUAGUGGCGCGUAAACCUCGUUAUCGAAUUGGCGACGACGUUCACGAAGUGUACGACAGAGCAAGCAUUUCUCGCGCGAUAGCGAUAAAUGCUGGCAGCGAUUGACCAAGCGAGCGAUCACUUUUAGGAAGUAUUGCGCACGCGUGACAAAUGUAUAAAUAAACGCACGAGCGCGCUUGGACUGUAUGUAGGUUAAACACGAGCCAUCUGCGGCAAAUUACUUUUACAACCGUCCCACAACUUUACAAGCGUGUUUUACAAACCACGUAGGAAGAUCAAUUGCCCGGCUUCUUAUAAGAAAGAAGACGUUAAUUAUUUAACGUUCUUAAAUCUUCACAGUGGAUUAUGAUGGACGCCUGAGCAUUUUUGCAUUCUGCUGCUACCUGGACGCGGCCGGGAAUUGAACUCGCGACCUCGUGCUCAGCAGAUGUUUUCGGCGAUAUAAUCAUUUCGCUGCCCUCCGCUAGCUACCAUCUUGUAUGAUAUGGUUUUGCAUUGAAACAGAGCAAAUGAAUUACAAUCCCUGCGCCUCGCAGUCGUGGCCAACCAGCGAUGUGUCGAGCGACCUCGCCGUGUGGGAGGCCGCCGGACGGCUGCUUCGCGAGCUGGACGUGGCGGCGCUGAUGUCCGCGGCGCCUGUGGCCAGGCGCACGGCCACAGUCGCCCUGGGUCCCGCGGAGCUGCUGCUCAAGCCAGGGGACGACGCCUCGCACCGGCAGCUACUCUCGGACGCGGUGCGCGCCGCGGUCGCAUUCGUGGCGCCCUCGGCGGACGCACGCACGGUCGCCGACGAUGUCUUGAAAGUGCUGUCCGACCUAUCCAAGAUUCAGGACGCAGCCCUGUCGGCGCGUGGGCCUGUGCAAGACACGUUGCCGCUGUCCAACCUGAGCGCCGGCCUAGCUACGCUGGUGCGUACCGCAAGCUCAUCUCCGAGCUUCACGCCUUCGUCGGUGCUGGUGUUGCCCGGAGUCGACCUGGGGUCCCUCUCGGCGCUCGUGUCUGGUGGUGCGAGACGGGUGCUCCACUACGUCGGCUUCAGAGCGGCGCUGUGGGCGGCACCGUUCGUGUCGACCCCGCCCCACAAGCUCAUCACGGCGCACAUGCUAACGCGUCAGCCGCCGAUCGCCGACAAGAAACGUGCGUGCAGCCGAGCCGUGGGCCACGCAGUGCCGCUGGUGUACCUGCGGGCGGUGCGCGGCGCUCUGGGUCCGCUGACUCUGGCGCGCAUGUGGACCGACCAGCUGGAGGACCGCUUCCUGCGCAGCCUGCCGCGGCUCCUCCCGCAGCCGGGCCCCGACGCGCACCUGGUGGCGCACAGUGUGCGAGACACUCCGCUGGCGCGCUUCUAUCCGGCGCUACUCGCGGACUCCAAGCGCUGGAGCGCCCACUUGCUCGCGCUGGCCGCCGCCAUGGCCAACACCACGGGCCACAGGAACAACGCGAUGCUCAAGGUCCGCAUGGCCGCCGCUGCCGCCGACCGGUGCGUGUGCUGGCGGCGCUUCGUUAUAGCUUCACGUGCACGAUUUCACGCCAUGAAACCUUAUAACUAUAGAUACUUCAAAUGA